AUGGCAGGGAAGGCAGAACAAAACGUUGUCAUCGUUGGCGGUGGAUUCGCUGGGCCCCAAAUUGCUAAACAACUCAGCAAAAAAUUGGACCCCAAAAGAUACAACCUCAUUCUUAUCAACUCCCGCUCUUACGCUGUUUCUCUUCCCGCAACAGUCCGUCUGGUCGUCGACGCAGAAUCCAGGUUGGAAGAAACUUCUUUCGUCAAGCUUGACAGGAUUUAUGCGAAUGGCAAUGGCCAGACAAAAGUCGGUAUUGUGACCAGCAUUGAGGCACAGCCGGGCGUCCCUGGGGGUGCUGUUGUCCUUGCCAACGGCGAGCGCAUUUCAUAUGCAGUGCUUAUUUUGGCUACUGGCUCAAAAUGGAGUGGUCCCUCUGGCAUUCCCGAAAACGAGGAUGAUGUCUUGCCAUUUGUUGACGCAUGGCGCCAAAAGUUCGCUAAGGCAAAACACGUUGUGAUCGUUGGCGGGGGUGCCGUUGGUAUCGAGUUGGCUGGUGAAGUGAAGGAUCUAUACCCGGCCACCACAGUUCUGACGAAUUACGCAACACAGACAAAAAAAGUUACUAUUGUCCAUGGUGGUAAUGAGCUUAUCAACGCCACCUACGGCAGCUCGCUCCGAAAGGGAUUGGAGAAACGUCUUCGUGCUCGUGGCGUUGAGUUUAUAUUCAAUGAGUACAUCGAUGACAUUCCAGAACCGGGUGUUGUCGGUGUCACUACUCGCAGUGGAAAGCACAUUCCGGAUGCCGAUCUAGUGGUAUCUGCUCGUGGCGGCCGCCCCAAUACUGAUUACGUUGCUUCCCUUGGUGAAGACGCUCUGAACGGACAUGGCUUUGUUAAGAUUAAGCCAACCAUGCAACUGCUUAAUCACCCCUCCAUCUUCGCUGUUGGGGAUAUCAUCGACUGGGCCGAGCAGAAGCAGAUAGCCAAACUCAAGUGGCACGCUCCCGUUAUCUUGGCGAACGUAGUGAGCUUCUUGAACGGAGUCACCCCAACAAAGAAGUAUGCGGGUGCUCCUGAGAUGAUUGUGAUCACAAAUGGAAGGAAAGGCGGCAUGGGCUACUUCGGAUUUCUUGGAGGGUUUACCUUGGGCGAUUGGUUUGCUUGGCUGGUCAAGUCAAGACAUUUCAUGGUUCCACACUUCAGGAAGGACCUCGGCUAUUGA